AUGCAAUCAACGUUCACGAAUGAGACUAUCAGAGAAUGCUGGUGUGAGGAAGAAGACAUUUGCAUGAAGGACGUUGAGUUGAAGCUGCAGAAGUGUCUCGACAGAUGCUGGGCUCGAGAUGCCACCAAGGUGACGUUAAGGCCCGAUGACCUACGGCAAUGUUUUAUUCAGCAAAAACCGAUCGCUGAUCACUUGGUUACUUGUAUUAAAUCCAAUAUGAAAUGUUGCGCUGACUCAAAGUAUGGACCUCAGAUACCGAAGCAGGACAUUGGGAAAAUUAUUAAUCUGACAGGAGAAAAGCUGCAGGAAGCAGAAAAUAAAAUUAUUACAAAUCCUACGCUUCAGCCAAUUCAAAAAGUGCUUGAUGCUGUAAUCGAAAUCGGAAAAUGUGUCAAAGAUUGCGCCAUGGAAGGCGACGGUCUCGAAGAGUGCUUUGAGAGAUAUACAUGCCAGCCAUGCGUACACGUGAAUCGAAUGCAAGGAACAGUCCGGAAAUGUUUCAAGCACGUAGACUGGAGAAGGGCUGUCGGAGAACUGUGUAACUGUACCGUAGAAUCCGGUGUUAGGUAA